AUGAACCGUAAAAUAAAAAAUAAAACAAAAAGAACCAGCCGACCGGUGCCCGUGUACGAUAACACAGAAGAAAAAUUAAUCAAAAGUAUCGAAAAUGAGAAUAAUAACACAAAUUUAGAUAAUUUACUAACAGAUUGCGAUGAUACGAAAGCUGAUAUAGAAGAGACACAAGAACAGUAUGAAACUAGCGAAGCCUUCAAAUCUGAGGUUGAAAGAUUUAUUGAGAUAUCAAAAUAUUUCUCCAGUCCUUUGAGGAAGACAGCUUCUUACGUUUGUGAGAACAAGUUGGUGUCAUAUCCAAAUCCUUAUCGCAUCGAGUACAGGCGAGGCGGCGUCACGACCCAACACAUAAGAUUCUGCAAUCAGACCUUAGAGCCGGUUUACGUGAAGCUUUACAAAUGCGUACCAGUCAUGGAACAGUUCAAAUUUAUAAACCUGUCUCAAUCGAGAUGCAAGAGAAUACCUCCGGGGCUCACGUACAGCUUGGGUCUCAUUUAUGAUGAUCUGAACGAGAAGCCGUGCUGCAAUGGCAAGUUAAUAUUCGUCGCAUCCAGAAAAACCACGACGCCUUGCUAUCAAAUCUGUGAAAUCGAUUUACACAUCAAUGCCCAAAAAGUAAGACUUGUAACCAUCUAA